AUGAUAGGACGUGGAAGGAAUCGUUUAGUUUACUCGGCCACUUGCCGCGCGUUUGGCCGCGUGGCUGCAGUCGGGCUGGUUGGCGGUUGCGUUGAUUCUGGCAGGUGGGCGUGGUGGGUCGGUGUCGAAACUGUCGACUGACUGCUGCAGAGGUCCGCAACAAUGACGGCGGAGCAAAAAAGAAACGCGCUGGAGGUAACUCCUGUUCAAAAUGGGCAUAUCAAGUCUAACGGAGCUCAUACCGUACUCAACGGGACGAGCUCGGCGGCACCGACCUGCUCCCAGCCGCCCGCCGCUGCCGCCACCUCCGCUGCCGCGCCCCCCGCCGCCGAGGACGACUCCCUGGAGGAGUGUACCCUGUGGGUGGCCUUCGUCACCUACCUGGCCUACUUCGUGCUGGUGGCAGUCGGCUACGUCAAGGAGUUCCUAUUCCCCGUGCACCAGAAGGAAAAGGACAGACAGGGUUACACGCCGCUGUACCUGAGUUUCGAGAGUUUCUACAUCCGUAACGUGUACCGGCGGAUGUCGGCGUGCUUCAACAACCCGCUGGCCAGCUGCCCGGGAGGCCAGAUCGACAUCCAGCUGCGCGAGACGCCCGACUACGGCUUCAGCUACAGUCGAACGGGCGAGGUACGCCGCUGCAUCAACUUUGGCUCGUACAACUACCUGGGCUUCGCCGAGAACUCUGGCCCGUGCACGGAUACGGCUGAACGACUGCUGAGGCGGGACGGCGUGGCGCCCUGCAGCUCUCGGAUGCACCUCGGCAGCCAGCAGUGUCAGGACGACCUGGAGGCACUGGUGGCCGAGUACCUCGGGGUCGAGGACGCCGUCACAUUCUCCAUGGGGUUCGCCACGAACGCGCUCAACAUCCCGACGCUGGUGGGUCGCGGCUCGCUUGUCAUCAGCGACCAGCUGAACCACGCCUCGCUGAUCCUGGGACUGCGGCUCUCCGGCGCCACCAUCGACGUCUUCAAACACAACGACAUGAAGGACCUGGAGCGUAAGCUGCGUCGCGCCAUCGUGGACGGCCACCCGCGCACCCACCGGCCCUGGAAGAAGAUCCUCAUUGUGGUGGAGGGCAUCUACAGCAUGGAGGGCUCCAUCUGCAAACUGCCCGAGAUCAUCGCACUCAAGAAAAAGUACAAGGCGUACCUGUACCUGGACGAGGCACACAGUAUCGGCGCGCUCGGUCCCACCGGCCGCGGCGUCUGCGAGUACUACGGCUGUGAUACGCGCGACAUCGACGUGCUCAUGGGCACCUUCACCAAGAGUUUCGGCGCCAUCGGCGGCUACAUGGCCGGCAGCAGGCGUCUGAUUGCGCACGUGCGCCGGCACAGCCACAGCAUGUUCUACGCGUCCGGGCUGCCGCCACCAGUGGCCGGUCAGAUCAGCGCCGUACUGUGCGAGCUGCUGGGCCGCGGCGGCGCCGGCGUCGGACGCGCGCGCAUCCGCCGCCUGACCGACAACACGCGCUACUUCCGCAAACGGCUCAGCCAGAUGGGCUUCAUCCUGUACGGCGACGACGACUCGCCGGUAGUGCCGCUGCUCAUCUUCCUGCCGGCAAAGGCCUGCGCGUUCUGGAGUGAGCUGAUGAAGCACAACGUGGCGACGGUGAUUGUCGGAUUCCCGGCCACGCCGAUUCUGAAGGUGCGCUGCCGGUUCUGCGUGUCUGCGGCGCACAACAAGGAGGUGCUCGAUAAGAUCCUGGACCUGAUUGACAAGAUCGGUGACGACCUGGAGAUAAAGUACUCGAGUCGGCCGCGCACCAACCACCCGAUUGAGUACGGCCGCUGCUAGCGGCUGUCGGGCCGCUGCUAGCCGCUCCUGGCGGGGUGGCUGGAUAUGGAACGGCCUGAGGUACCGGCCGGGCUACUGUACCGGUCGGGACACAGGGUCACAGCCCAGAGAGGCCGGAGAGCCACCGCCCGGCACAGUCCGCCGCGCCAACAGUCUGACACGGCCUGUACUCCGGCGUGGUACCGGGGUACCGGGGUCUCAGUGGUACCGGGGUCUGAGGGUACCGACAGGGCCAGUCUGGUACAGUCUAAUGUCAGUACAGCGCGCCUGGGUACGGCGGUGGUGCGGGUAACUCGCCGCGGCCGGCCGGCGGCUGGCGAGCGGCCGACCAGCGCGCUCCGUGCCUCACGAGCCGCGCGCUGAGACCGGACUCCGGUGAGGACUCCCUUCCCGACCUGCGAGGCCGGAUCGGUUCAUCGGUCAGUGGUGGUGCUUCGACCGGCGCAACUUGCCAGGUUCGGCGCCGGGGAGGCUCUGGAGGAGGUGACUACGGUGAAGCUGCAGUGAGGAGAGUACUAGGAAGUAGUGUGGAUGGUUUGGGAGUCGCAGCGCCGCUGACUGUGGACUGCCGGCCGGUCUCCGCCUAUUGUGAUAUCGGGAGCGGGGUACGGGAGGUCGGCCGUGGCUGACGGACGCCCCGGCGGGUGUGGUGUGGAGAGAGAGGGUUGGGUAGAGCGGCCAGUGUCGGAGGGGAGAGAGUCGUCCCGGGAGCCUUGUCCGUGUGAGUGCUGAGCUGUGGGCAGGGUACGAUCACAGAGGGGUGGGCUGCCCUCCUCUGAAACUCUGCACCCGUGUCAGUGUGACGUAUUUCACCGAGAGCAUUUAGAUCAUGAAGUGUAUGAAAGUUGACGCUGAGAGCGAUACUAUUUACCUCUGCCCUGAAUAGCUGAGCUCUGCGAAACUGAUUGUGCUGGGAAGACGUUUUGGUAGGAUGCGUAUAGUGUCUGACCCGUGUUUGUAGUAUGUUUAGAGUGAUUGGUCCGUGUAUAAUUUAGGAUUCAUAGUGUGUGAUUGCGCUGCUGCGGUCGCCGCAGCCCGGUACAACUGUGUGCGCCGUCUGUCUUGCUGCCUUACGAUGCCUGAACACGGCGUCCCGCCGUUAAUCACCGCCCUCCGAUUCCAGUGCAAUGUGUGACGUCAUUGGAGCGAUGUAGUUCGCGCACUCGCCGCCGCGCCCCGGUGGCGCUGUCGGCGCACCGUGCUAACUGCGAUCGCGCCUACUGGAGAAGUGUGCUGCCGGCAUUCUGUUGCAUUUUUACGCGUCUUUUCUGUGGCUCGUCGUUGUUAGUGGUGGUCGUGUAGCCGUGUGUGGACGGCGUGGCUUCUUUUCGGCCCGGUUUCUGGGGUCUGUCGGUCAAUGUACAAGUGGUGUGUCUGUGCCGGUGUCGACGCUGUCUGGUUGUCGCUGUGGUCGCCACCGCGCCUCGCUGCGUGCGUUAUGAGAUGGAUUUUGUCGAGUCACUCAGAGCGCGCCUAUCAGCUGGAGAGGUAUUUAGACAGCGGCGCCGGCGUCUUUUACCGGCGUCGAGCCCAGCCCGUGGAUAUGUCGGGGUGUGCGUGCCGAGACGCUCGUUUGCUAGUGUGCCUCGGGGCGAGCCGUGCUGUGCUGUCAGCGACGUACGCUGCCUUGCCUUUUUCGUGUCGCCAUCCUAACCGCCGGCUGGUCAGUCAGGGUUUUGUUCAUUUUUAUACAUGGUUUUGCAGUCAGUCUGUGCGCCGCUUUCCGUUGCUUUGCCAGUGAUCUGUGACGUCAAAAGCACCUGAAGGCCGCCACAAAAAUAUACAUCUUUUAGAAAGACACUAUUCACUGAUGUUGCGCCGCUUGCCGCUCGAAAUAGAUUUAUGUUGGACCCGAAGCUUGCAUUGCAUCGUCCAUUUUGAUAGAUUUUAGGGUCAAUGCUGUAUUGUGUGCAGGAGGUUCUGAUCAGUCCGCAUUACGCAUAAUUGGCCGAGCAAUGACUGCCCGUGUUUCUCGAGCGAGGGUACUGUAAGUGCUGAGAAUGUGAACGUUUUACGUAUUGAAUACACUGAAGCAUCGUU